AUGUCACUCUUCAGAUCCUUCUUUGGCAAGCCUGCCGACGAUGCAUCAUCACAGACGUCGCAGUCGUCUGAAAAGUCACCGGUCCGCGCCCUGCCGGCGUCGUGGUACACCUCGCAAGACAUGUACUCGCUGGAGCGACGGGCCAUCUUCUCGCGCAAGUGGCUGCUCACCACACACAAGGCGCGCAUCCCCAACCCGGGCGACUGGGUAAAGUACAACGUGGCGGGGUACCAGUUUGUGAUUGUGCGCGACCGCAAGGACGGCGAGAUCCACGCCAUGCACAACAUCUGCCGGCACCGGGCCUUCCCCGUGGUGACCAAGGAGGAGGGCAACAGCUACGUCUUCUCGUGCAAGUACCACGGCUGGUCGUACGGCCUCAAGGGCAACCUGGCCAAGGCGCCGGGCUACCAAGAGAUCCCGGGGUUCGACAGGGCCCAGAACGGGCUCUUCCCCAUCCACGUCCACGUCGACUGCAACGGCUUCGUCUGGGUCAACAUGGACGCGGGCGAGAAGCCCGAGAUCGCCUGGGACGACGACUUCCUGGGCAUCGACAGGCAGGAGAGGUUCCAGCACUACAACUUUGACGACUACGUCUACGACCACCAGUGGGACAUGGAGGGAGACUGGAACUGGAAGAUCCUGGCCGACAACUACAACGAGUGCUACCACUGCCCUACCUCGCACCCGGACAUUCCCUCCAUUGCCGACCUCAACUCGUACUAUGUCAACACGGAGAAGGCCUACAUUCAGCACUUUGGUGAGCCUACCGAGGAGCAGAUUGCCAACGGCUUCCGGGUGGCCGCCACCUACUUUUGGCCCAACGCAUCCAUGAACGUCUCACCGCACUUCUUCAUGAUCCAGCGCUUCGUGCCCCUGGGCCCCUCCAAGUCGCAGAUGCGAUACGAGGUGUACCGCAACAAGAACUCGUCCGACGCCGACUUCAAGACCAUCAGCGACAUGUACAAGCGCAUCAUGUCCGAGGACAAGUACCUGUGCGCCAACGCGCAAAAGAACAUCGACGCCGGCGUCUUUGUCAACGGCGAGCUGCACCCGGACCUCGAGAAGGGGCCCCUCUUCUUCCAAAAGACGGUGCGCGAGGUCGUGACGGAGCACUGGGAGAAGGAGCAGCGCGACAACGGCGGCGAGGAGAUCUGGCCCGCCCGGCAAAAGGUUUCCGAAAAGGGCAUCGGCGAGGCCACCAAGCAGGACGACAACUUUUGCAAGAUGGUCGAGUCGUGCGGCAGGGCAAAGGCCGGUAGCAUGGACGAGGGGAGGAGGAUGUGUCUUGAUGAGGCGAUUGCGUUCUAA